AUGUCUGAGGCCUGGAUCACUCUUGCCACCAACGACAGUUACGCUCAAGGAGCUCUCGUUCUCGUCCACUCGCUCAGAACCGCUGGAACCACUCGCAAAAUCCACUGCCUUAUCAGUAACCAGGUGUCCGCUCCAGUCCGUAAGCAGCUCGAGGAACACUUCGAUGACGUUUCCAUCGUUGACGUCUUCAACAGCAACGACUCAGACAACUUGAAGUUGAUCGAGCGGCCAGAUCUCGGUGUCACCUUCACCAAGCUUCACUGCUGGAGACUCACCCAGUACACCAAAUGCGUUUUCUUGGAUGCCGAUACCUUGGUGAUUCGCAAUGCUGAUGAGCUCUUCACUCGCCCAGAAUUCUCCGCCGCUGCCGAUAUCGGAUGGCCAGAUUCCUUCAACAGCGGAGUGUUCGUCUUUGUUCCAAAUCACGAGACCUACAGACAACUCGUCGACUUUGCCGUGACACACGGAUCUUACGAUGGAGGAGACCAGGGAUUGCUCAACGACUUUUUCAGCAACUGGAGCACACUCCCAGCUGAGCACAGACUUCCAUUCAUCUAUAACAUGACCGCCGGAGCCUUUUACACAUAUGCCGCCGCUUACAAGAGAUACGGAGCCAACACCAAGAUCGUUCACUUCAUCGGAAGCGUCAAGCCAUGGCACGGAUCCGCCGCUGUUCACACCGGAGAGCACUUCAAGCACUGGCAGAACAUCUACCACGCCCAUGUUACCCACACGUCAAGGACAAAUGAGCAUGCUACAGUAUUCCCAUCUCAUCAUCAUGUUGUGGAACGAGUUCAUACAGAUGAGCAACCUAAAAUGGAGAGGAAGAACUCGAUUGUGAAGGAUAUUGGGAAUUUUGUAAUGCAUGUCGUCCAAUCGGUUAACAUGUUCCCCUCGUUUGAUAAUGAUGCUCAGAGUAGUGAGCAAAAGAGCAACAAUGAGCCAUCCCAUCAUCAUCAUGAAGAGCAACCACAGCAUGUAUCAGCUGCUCAUCAACAUAACCAACCGCAUGAAGAAUCUCAGGAUAUAGUUGGUAGUACGGAUUGCUUUAAUAGCCAAAUGCAUGAAUACACAGUCGAUCCUGACGUGGAUCGGGAAGUGGAGCAUUAUACUAACAAUACUCCAUGCCCGGCGUUUGUGCCAGUCGAGAGACGCGAGGAGCACAAGGCUCCAACUCCAUCCACAGAGGAACGCCGCGCUGCUUGGGAGGCCGGACAGCCAGACUACUUGGGACGUGACGCAUUCGUCCACAUUCAGGAGGCCCUCAACAGAGCGCUCAAUGAGUAA